AUGGUUGCUGUUCUUCCAAGCUCCGGAGCUGCAAGAACAGAGGCAACAACUACUACAAGGGAAGAAGGUGUAAUUAACCAUCAAAAUGGUGAUCAUGAAUAUUCAUCUCCAACGCAGGAGCUUGAUGCUGGAGCUCUCUUUGUUCUCAAGUCCAAAGGAUCAUGGGUGCAUUGUGGAUACCACUUGACAACGUCAAUAGUGGCGCCGCCACUUUUGAGCCUUCCAUUUGCUUUUGCAUCGCUGGGAUGGGCCGCCGGAGUGAUCAGCCUUGUGGUCGGAGCUGCCGUCACAUUUUACUCCUACAACUUGAUCUCUCUCGUCCUCGAACACCAUGCUAAAUUGGGCCGCCGCCAUCUCCGCUUCCGGGACAUGGCCGACGACAUUCUAGGGAGAAAAUGGGGGAGGUUUUAUGUUGGACCCAUUCAGUUCAUGGUAUGCUAUGGUGCCGUCGUAGCUUGUACUCUUUUAGGAGGGCAAUGCAUCAAGGCAAUGUAUUUGCUGUCAAAUCCUGAUGGGAAGAUUAAGCUCUACGAAUUUGUGAUCAUGUUUGGAUGCUUGAUGUUGAUCUUAGCUCAAAUGCCAUCUUUUCAUUCACUAAGGCAUAUCAAUUUGGUGUCUUUGGCGCUCUGUCUCGCUUACAGUGUUUGCGCCACAGCCGGUUCUAUCUACAUUGGAAAUUCAUCAAAGGGUCCAACCAAGGAUUACUCAUUGAGUGACGAUACACAAACUCGAGUUUUCAGCCUAUUCAAUUCACUGGCCAUCAUUGCCACCACUUAUGGAAAUGGAAUCAUCCCAGAAAUUCAGGCCACAUUAGCACCCCCGGUGACAGGAAAGAUGUUCAAGGGACUAUGUGUUUGUUAUAGUGUAGUCACUGUUACCUUCUUUAGUGUAGCCAUUUCUGGCUACUGGGCGUUUGGCAACCAAGCUGAUGGCCUUGUUCUCAGCAAUUUCUUGGACAAUGGAGAAGCUUUAGUUCCCAAGUGGUUCAUUUUGAUGACCAAUAUCUUCACCAUCCUCCAACUAUCAGCCGUUGCAGUGGUUUACUUGCAGCCAACAAAUGAAGUGCUGGAAAGAACAUUUGCAGAUGCAAGGAGCGGUGAGUUCUCAGCUAGAAACGUUGUUCCGAGGUUGAUAUCUCGAACGGUAUCAGUUGUCAUAGCAACUACCAUAGCAGCAAUGCUUCCAUUUUUUGGGGACAUCAAUGGUUUGAUCGGAGCUUUUGGUUUCAUGCCAUUAGACUUUGUGCUCCCUGUUGUUUUCUACAAUCUGACAUUCAAGCCACCGAAGAAAAGUGCCAUUUUCUGGAUAAAUGUCACCAUUGCUGUGGUUUUUGGGACCUUGGGAGUAAUUGCAGCAGUUGCUGCAGUAAGACAAAUUAGUCUUGAUGCUAAAAACUAUCGGUUAUUUGCCAAUGUCUAG